GCCCCGGGGCGGGGAGGGCUGGGGGCUAGGCAGGAAGCGGGGGGGCAGGAUAGUCCCGGUAAAUAGAGCCGGGUAAAGCAUGAAGCUGUACUGCCUCUCAGGACAUCCAACCUUACCAUGCAAUGUGCUCAAGUUCAAAUCCACCACCAUCAUGUUGGAUUGUGGGCUGGAUAUGACCUCUACCCUCAAUUUCCUCCCGUUGCCGCUGGUUCAGAGCCCCAGGCUGUCGAAACUUCCUGGUUGGGUUUUGAAAGAUGGAAGCACAUUUCUGGACAAGGAACUAAAGGAGUGCUCUGGCCAUGUGUUUGUGGACUCUGUGCCUGAGUUCUGUUUGCCAGAGACUGAGCUGCUUGACCUCUCUACAGUAGAUGUAAUCUUGAUCUCGAACUAUCACUGCAUGAUGGCAUUGCCCUAUAUCACAGAGUACACAGGAUUCACUGGAACAGUAUAUGCCACUGAGCCCACUGUUCAAAUUGGCAGACUUCUCAUGGAAGAACUGGUGAAUUCCAUUGAACGUGUGCCAAAGGCUCAAUCUGCCUCCAUGUGGAAGAACAAGGAGGUACAGAGGUUGCUGCCCGCCCCUCUGAAGGACGCGGUGGAAGUAUCUAUGUGGAGGAAGUGCUACACUAUGCCGGAAGUGAACGCUGCGCUCAGUAAGAUCCAGAUGGUGGGAUAUUCUCAGAAAAUUGAGCUGUUCGGUGCUGUGCAGGUCACUCCUCUCAGCUCAGGCUACGCCCUUGGAAGUUCCAACUGGAUUAUCCAGUCGCACUAUGAAAAGGUUUCCUAUGUUUCAGGAUCUUCCUUACUCACAACACACCCUCAGCCUAUGGACCAAGCUUCUCUUAAAAACAGUGAUGUUCUCAUCCUGACGGGUCUUACACAAAUCCCUACUGCUAACCCAGAUGGCAUGGUAGGAGAGUUCUGCAGCAACCUGGCUAUGACUGUCCGGAAUGGAGGAAAUGUCCUGGUUCCCUGCUACCCCUCAGGAGUCAUAUAUGAUUUGCUGGAGUGCCUGUAUCAGUAUAUUGACUCUGCUGGACUCUCCAAUGUCCCUUUUUAUUUCAUCUCACCUGUUGCCAACAGCUCCCUCGAGUUCUCCCAGAUCUUUGCUGAAUGGUUGUGUCACAACAAACAGACAAAGGUAUAUCUUCCAGAACCUCCCUUUCCCCACGCUGAGCUCAUUCAGACAAACAAGCUGAAACAUUAUCCAAGCAUCCAUGGAGACUUCAGCAAUGACUUCAAGCAGCCAUGCGUUGUGUUUACUGGGCAUCCCUCUCUUCGAUUUGGGGAUGUGGUUCAUUUUAUGGAGUUAUGGGGCAAAUCUAGCUUGAACACCGUUAUAUUCACAGAACCAGAUUUCUCAUAUCUGGAUGCCCUGGCUCCUUAUCAACCUUUGGCUAUGAAAUGUGUGUACUGCCCCAUUGACACAAGACUGAAUUUUAUUCAAGUGUCUAAAUUACUCAAAGAAGUCCAGCCUCUCCAUGUAGUUUGCCCGGAGCAGUACACUCAGCCACCACCCACGCAGUCCCAUCGCACAGAUCUGAUGAUAGACUGCCAGCCACCGCCAAUGUCCUACCGCAGAGCAGAGGUGCUGACUCUUCCAUAUAAACGGCGCUAUGAGAAGAUCGAAAUCAUGCCAGAACUUGCAGAUUCACUCGUGCCCUUGGAGAUUAAGCCUGGUAUUUCCUUAGCAACAGUUUCUGCUGUGUUGCAUACUAAAGACAACAAGCAUGUGCUGCAGCUUCCUCCAAAACCUCCGCAGCCCCCCGCCAGCAAGAAGAGAAAGCGAGUGAGUGAUGAUGUGCCAGAGUGUAAGCCUCUAAAGCCAUUGCUGAGUGGCUCCAUUCCUGUGGACCAGUUUGUACAGACGCUGGAGAAGCAUGGUUUCAGUGACGUAAAGGUGGAGGACACGGCCAAGGGCCACAUCGUACUGCUGCAGGAGGCAGAGACCCUCAUUCAGAUCGAGGAGGACUCCACGCACAUCAUCUGCGACAACGAUGAACCUCUGAGGGUGAAGCUGCGUGACCUGGUUCUCAAGUUUCUGCAGAAAUUUUAGCCCAUGGACAUCUUGUUGCUCUGCAAGGAGACACACCGGAGCACCAGACUUAAGAGCUUUCCAGGGGGUGACUCCAGAGAGACUUUCCUGAUUCAGAGAGACCAGAAACCUCCUCCCCCUUCAUGGGGAAGCGAGAAAGUAUUUUUAAUAUCUAUAUAUUUUUUAAUUUUAUUUUUAACCAGUUUUGGAAUAUUUUCAAGGGGAUUCCUGUGCUGUAAAGUUGAGUGCUGGCCCUUUUAGGAGAUAUGUAUUGCUGAGUAAAUAAAUAUGGUGUAUAUUUACAAGGUCAGUGUGCCCCAGUCCUCUACCUGAAGAAACUCUUUGCAGGAAUACUAAAGCAAUGGCCUCAGAUAAUAAAAGAUUUAUUUUUCUCCACGCUGCUUCUUCCCAGUCCCCAGAUCCAGUUUCCCAUAUGUCCUUCUCCAUUUACGCUGUCCACGUGCGUGUGUGUUUCACUGGCUGGGGCACAAGCAGGAAUGGGGAAAUAAGGCAAAGACUCUAAAAAUAAAAACAGAAAAAGCUUUGAAGUGGCAAGAACCUGGCUCUUCCACCUAAAAGCAGAGGGAUUUUGGAAAACCUCUACGCUUGAGAAAUUUGAGGUGUUUAUUGACGCAGCAGCCUAGUUUGUUACGACCAGGUUCAUCCGCGCAGCUCUAGGUGCUUCGCUGAGACACUCAAGCUGGAAAACUGGUUGCUCCUGGCUCCCGCCAUCGUCAGCGGAGAGAGAGGUACCGCAGCGAGGGGUCGCGAUUACAGGGAGAUGCUUGGCCCUUCCCAGUGCCCCAACUCUGUUGGCUAUCGUGGGAGCCGAGGAACCUUCGCUCCUGUCUGAGCUGUUUCCCUUCGGUAUGCAAGGGUGAGCAGCGUGACUCUGGGACCUCGAAGCCUAGCGAGGAAGGCUUUCAGAAGGACGUGGAGUAGUUAAACUCCCAAUGCUCCUGGAAAACCUUGGAGAUUUAAGUGCCUCUUGUUUCUACCAUCCCAAAACCUGCCCUUUCAGCCCCCACGUUCCAAAAUCCUGGUAGUCAUUGGUACAAAGCCAUCCAUAUUGCAGAUCCAAGGAGACUAGUCACUCCCAACACCGUGUCUUUGGGGUCUAAACUUAGUUAAUAGUAUUGCUUUUAAAAGCAGCUGAUUUCUCAGAUUUACUGCUGUUUCUUUCUUUUUUUAUGGGAUUGUUUUGUAUUUAUUUGGUGUUAAAAAUAAAAAGCGUAGUAAGACUGCCAAGGAGGAAGCACAGUCUGUGGUUUGUAAAAGCAUCUGCAUGCCCAGCCCACAUCCGCGUGUGCCGCACCUACACAUUUGUAAAAUAUACCUGCUCCUUCAGUUUAUAGCCGUGGGGAGGUUAAGGCAGUGGAAGAACAGCUCUGUAAUAAAAAACUACUUGCUA